ACGGAAAUAACACACCGAGUCUGUGGUCUGUUCCUCUGCCGUUAGGAAAUGCUGUGGCUAAAAAUCCAAGCAGAACACGUGAGAAUGCAUCUUAGCCCUGUAUGGAAAACAGAAAUGCUGGCAGGUCGCAGUAGGUGCUCCAAGGAAAGCAGAUGGCUCUCCUGCAAUACAUGGCAACUAAAUCUCCUGCAAACGCUGAGGAUUUAUUAAAUCAAGAUGUCUUCAGGAAAGGCUUUCAUUGGAAAACCAGCCCCUGAUUUUACUGCCACGGCUGUAAUGCCAGAUGGGCAAUUCAAAGACAUCAAACUCUCUGACUAUAGAGGAAAAUAUGUUGUGUUCUUCUUCUACCCCCUGGACUUCACUUUUGUCUGUCCCACUGAAAUUAUUGCAUACAGUGACAGAGCUGAUGAAUUCAAGAAAAUUAACUGUGAAGUAAUUGGAGCUUCUGUUGAUUCUCACUUUUGUCACCUUGCCUGGAUCAACACUCCUAAGAAACAAGGUGGUUUGGGUACUAUGAAAAUUCCAUUGGUUUCUGACACAAAACGUGCCAUUGCCAGAGAAUAUGGAGUACUUAAAGAGGAUGAAGGUAUUGCAUACAGGGGUCUGUUCAUCAUUGAUGAGAAGGGGAUCUUGAGGCAGAUAACAAUCAAUGAUCUUCCUGUUGGCCGUUCUGUUGAUGAGACCCUCAGACUUGUCCAGGCUUUCCAGUUCACAGAUAAACAUGGAGAAGUGUGCCCAGCUGGCUGGAAGCCUGGCAGUGACACAAUCAAGCCUGACGUUCAGAAAAGCAAAGAGUACUUUGCCAAGCAGAAGUAAACUUUCAGUCUGAGUGGAUACUAGUAUGCCUUACUUAAAGAGCAAGCAUCAGUUACUGAACUUUGACCAAGUCAUUGCAUCUGAGUCAAGGGAUCAUGUUAUAGGUAUAAACAGUAACUUUUUUACUUGAAAGUUUGUCCUGUUGACAGUACCUUCAUAGAAAAUCCUAAUGAUCAAUAUCUGUACACAAGGCCUGUUGACUUUAGUGACAAUGCAGUGUAUGUGGUUAGCCAUGUGUUGCAUAUAGAGUAGUGAUACCCUUUUGUAACUCUAUUAAACUUGUUGAAAGAGCA